CAAGGUUAAAGAUCGUUCCUGCCCGGUACACCAACAACGCACACGUUGACCACGCAACCCACCAAACGCACACGUCGCGACGAACUCAGCUACUCUGCCUGCGCCGUCGCAUAAGCGCUCUCUUGCACACAGUUUUCUUAAUCUCUUUUCCACGACUCUUGUUCAAAAUGGCCGCAAACUUUGCUGAAGUUGCACAGCAAUUCGUGCAGUUUUACUACCAGACCUUCGAUGAAAACCGAUCGAACCUGGCUGGUCUCUACAAAGACCACUCGAUGAUGACGUUCGAGAACAGCCCGCACCAAGGUGUUGCAGCCAUCAUCGAGAAGCUCACCAGCCUCUCAUUCACAAAAGUGAAGCACCAGAUCACGACACAGGAUGCACAGCCUUCUGGGGAGCAUGGAGGUAUCAUCGUCAUGAUCACCGGUGCUCUUCUGGUCGACGAAGAGCAGCGACCAAUGAACUUCAGCCAGGUCUUCCAGCUCAUGCCCGCAGACGGCAGCUUUUAUGUCCUUAACGACAUCUUCAGACUGGUCCAUGGUUAAGCAGGUCUCGAGCAUUUGCGCAACCAUGCCGGGCAAACAUUUGGCAACGAAAGCCGCGUGGCGGUAAGCCGGCAUCACAGAAAGCGUGGCAAGACUUUCCCCUACCUCUCGGGUAAAAAUGUAGAGUGAGAUGUGUGGCUGCGGCCGGGAAAGGGAAGGGUAUGGCAGGGGAUAGGUGUACGAACGCGUGGUAUGAAAGGAACGAAUAAACGGUGGACGACGAUGUUUAGGUGGUAAAUGUAUAGGAGCAUCCCUCUUAAAUCUAAACCCUUUUGACAAUUUGACAAGAACAAUAACAAAAAAAUCCUUUUGACUAA